UCUUCUCUCAAGCUGCUUCUAAAACAACAGUGUUACAGUCUCAGAGGAAACAGCCAGAAAGGUUUAUCUCCACAGCCUAGACUGGUGUCAUAUAAAAGCAAGAUUAAUAACAUUCUAGCACCCCACUGGGCAAAAACUGGUUGAAUCAACGUUGUUUCCACGUCAUAAAAAAUGUUCAUCAAUGUGAUGACGUUGACUCAACGUGGAAAACUGAUUGGAUUUGCAAAAACUCAUUGACAUAAAGGAAUUGUGUAUUUUUUUCACCCAACUUUUAACCUAAAUCUAAUGACAGGGUAAAACUGUUUGUUGAUUUCACAUUGAAUUCACGUUAGUUGAUAACUCAACCAAAUGUAAAUCAAAACUAGACGUUGAACUGGCGUCUGUGCCCAGUGGGGUAGCACUCAUUUGAGCAUGUCUUGAACUUAUCUCAGAAGUUCCUCCUUAAAUCAAACCUUUAUCCACUUAUCUUGUACACCACUUCAAUGUUUACUCUGUUCUUAAUUAUACAAUGCUAAAACACAUGACACAUUUCUCCAGCUCAGGUUCACAUAUUUUGCAAGCCGUGUAACAGUGAGAGAGCAAAGGUGUCAAAACCAAGGCAUUGUCUGCAGGUGUUGUGAACAGCAGAUGUGUUUGUACAAACCACAAGAGAAACCUCACAGCAAAAGCAGAGCCAUCUCAGCCCCCUUAUCUCUCCUACUGAACACUCAUAAAAUGUGCCUUCUUCCAUGGACUCAGUGAGUUGAGAUGGAGAGAUUCAGCAGAAUCAUACGUUUUGGGGGACCACUGCUGCAAACCACCCUCUUGAUUGUCUCUGUUUGGAAAUUAGCAGCUUGCUCUGAGGUUACAAUCGUGGGGGGACAUGAGGUCAAGCCUCACUCCAGGCCGUGGAUGGUGUCCCUUCAGGUCAAGAACAAUCACAUAUGUGGGGGCACUCUGAUCCGAGACCAGUGGGUGCUGACGGCAGCUCACUGUAAGGGUGUCUUUGGUGAGUCUAAGAAAUUCGUGGAAGCCCUCCUUGGAGCUCACUCUCUGACAAGCAGCAAAAACACACAGCGUGUAGCCAUUGAGGAGUACUAUGUGCCUGGCACCUACAGUGACAGGACCAAGGAAGAUGACAUCAUGUUAAUCAAGCUGAAGAUGAAAGUCAAGGUAAACAGCAAGGCAGUGAAGGUGAAAGAGGUUUCAAAGUCUGGCAAAGACCUCCAGGUUGGCACACAGUGCCAGGUGACAGGAUGGGGGGUGGUAAGUGCUACGGGUAGCAUGCCUUCAGACACACUGCAGGUGGCAGAGGUGGACAUACUGGACAGGAAGCUCUGUGACUGCUUCUACAACAGAAACCCUGUGAUCACCCAGGACAUGCUCUGUGCUAGCAACAACAAAAGACAGGCAGAUGCUUGCAAGGGGGAUUCUGGUGGUCCGUUGGAGUGUAAGAAAGCCUUUGUAGGCUUGGUUUCUGGGGGACUGGGCUGUGGCAACCCCAAGAAGCCUGGAGUGUACACCCGGUUCUCCAAAAGACACCUGGAUUGGAUCCACAAGAUCAUCAAACAUCAAUCAAAUACCACCAAUGUUGGCAUACUGUAAGGAUAUAAUGGGUCAGACCAUAGAUUGUUUGAACCUGAAUCAAAUACAGUCCAGCUCCUAGGCCCCUAAGGCUCAUACAAUACAUGUGUUUCUGUCAUCACCCGUUUGCCUCUCUGUUUAAUAUAAAGAGUAACUGCAACUAUAGUGGUGUUCACUUUUUCCUGACAGUUUUCUUUUUCCUUCUAGAGCAGUGGCAACCCGUCAUUUAUGGAUUUCCUUUAGGGAGAGCGGUUGUCUUUGCUGUAUCUCAAUGUGUCAAACAAGGUUUCUCUGUUGGACAUCUCUGUAGGACAUCAGCUUUAGCUAUAUCCAUUACCUCGCCGGCAUUUCUGUUUUUUAUAGCUUGAACUGUCCAUGGGCGUCAGGCUACAACUGUAUAUCUGCUUGUGUAGGUCACACAGCUUGGUUACAUUUCUAUGCUUAACAAUGUGAGCCCCACAUUUUUUGCAAAAAAACAAUAACAAAAAAAGUUACAAUUUGAGCCCCACAUUUUUUUGGUGGCUGGGUUUGCUUGUUUUGCUUGUUAUUUUGGCAUUAAUACAUGUCACAUAUUAGUUUGCAAACAUGUAAAAAAAUAAAUAAAUAAUUGAGUUAAUAAAGCUAUAUACAACCAUG